CGCUGACGCGGGGCGCCGGCUGCCAACUUCGCGCGCGGAGCUUCCCCGGCGGUGCGGUCCCGUCCCGGCGGCGCGGGCGGCAUGAAGACGAGCCGCCGCGGCCGAGCGCUCCUGGCCGUGGCCCUGAACCUGCUGGCGCUGCUGUUCGCCACCACCGCCUUCCUCACCACGCACUGGUGCCAGGGCACGCAGCGGGUCCCCAAGCCUGGCUGCGGCCAGGGCGGGCGCACCAACUGCCCCAACUCGGGCGCCAACGCCACGGCCAACGGCACCGCCGCCCCCGCCGCCGCCGCCGCCACCGCCGCGGGGAACGGCCCCCCUGGCGGCGCGCUCUACAGCUGGGAGACCGGCGACGACCGCUUCCUCUUCAGGAAUUUCCACACCGGCAUCUGGUACUCGUGCGAGGAGGAGCUCGGCGGGCUCGGUGAAAAAUGCCGCAGCUUCAUUGACCUGGCCCCGGCAUCGGAGAAAGGGGUCCUGUGGCUGUCUGUGGUCUCCGAGGUGCUGUACAUUCUGCUGCUGGUGGUUGGCUUCAGCCUCAUGUGUCUCGAGCUGUUCCACUCCAGCAAUGUCAUCGACGGGCUCAAGCUCAACGCCUUCGCGGCUGUCUUCACGGUGCUCUCAGGCCUCCUGGGAAUGGUCGCCCACAUGAUGUACACACAGGUGUUCCAGGUCACCGUGAGCCUCGGCCCUGAAGACUGGAGACCCCAUUCCUGGGACUACGGGUGGUCCUUCUGCCUGGCGUGGGGCUCCUUUACCUGCUGCAUGGCAGCCUCUGUCACCACGCUCAACUCCUACACCAAGACGGUCAUUGAGUUCCGGCACAAGCGCAAGGUCUUUGAGCAGGGCUACCGGGAGGAGCCGACCUUCAUAGACCCUGAGGCCAUCAAGUACUUCCGGGAGAGAUGGCAAAUCGAGGCACAGAGAGGGAGACCGACUUGCCCAAGGUCACACAGCUGGAUAGAGAAGAGGGACGGAAGCGAUGAGGAGGACUUUCGCUUAGACUGCCGCCACGAGAGAUAUCCUGCCCGACACCAGCCACACAUGGCGGAUUCCUGGCCCCGGAGCUCCACACAGGAGGCACCAGAGCUGAACCGACAGUGCUGGGUCUUGGGGCACUGGGUGUGACCAAGACCUCAACCUGGCCCCCGGACCUCAGGCCAUUGCUGGCACCAGCCCCUGCUGCAAGACCGCCAGAGUGGUGCCCCUGGAACCCUGGCCUGUGUGCCGCGAACUCAGUCAGCCUGUGUGGGAGAUGCCAGGCCCGUCCUGCCCAUCACUGCCUGGGUCCCGGGGCCUUGGAAAUGGGGCCAGGGCAGGCCCGAGGGAGUGGAUGGGGCUGCACAGAGUGACUUUGGGGCAGCAGCCCUGGACUCUUGCCAUCAUCACAUGAGGAGCCCUGCUGGGCACAGCUGUGAUGCCAGGAGAGACACAGCCAUUGGCCACUGAAUGGCUGGCACCCACAAGCCAGCCAGGACCCUAAGGAGGUGCCCAGAGGGGCAGAGCCCAGUGGGGGCAGAAGGUGGCCUCCUGAAUGGGGGGCAGUGGUGCAGGCACAGCAGGGGUGUCAAACAGCAGGCACACGGCAGGGGCUCAAUAAAUGCUUGUUGAACUUGU